AUGGCACCCGAACAUGGGAUUUCUGGGAAACGGACAUUGGCCACCGUUGUGGACGGGCUGGCCAGGGAAUGCCCAACCAGGAUGGUUUGCAAAACACCGAACGGCCCCCAGGUUACCGAUGGCUUCUCGUGCUUAGAUAUGAGAGGGUUGUCCAAGGCCGUUGAUUCAACCGCAUGGCUGAUUAAGGAAUCCCUUGGUACCCCUGGCAAGGGCGAAGUACUGAUCUAUCUCGGAGACAAUGAUGUCCGAUACCUAGUUUUUGUCGUGGCUUGCCAGAAAACUGGUUACAAGCCUUUCUUGCCAUCAACAAAAAACUCCAUUGACGUACAAUGUGCACUCCUGGAGCGAACGGGUUGCUCUGGUAUUCUUUUUAGCGUUACUUGGAAAGAACAGGCCGAGGAGAUCGGAAAGUCUGAAGCAGCCCCAGCCUUGAUAGAGGUACCCAGUCUUGAAAAAUUGGUUGCGAACUUCUCAAACAGCUUCCCUUACGACACGGCGUACCAGGCGAUUGAGGACGAGAGUGCAAUCAUAAUCCACAGCUCCGGCACAACAGGCGUUCCUAAGCCAAUCCACCUUACGCACGGUUUCCUGGGCACCAUGGACAAGCUGGCUCAGGUCCCUGUCCCGGAGGGGAGACUUUCGGCCAUCCCCAGCAGACUUAGCCAGGAUGACCUGUUUCUCUCUACGGCUCCGUUCUUCCACCUCAUAGGGAUAUUCGCCGAAGCCAUGUCCGUGUUCAACGGGACUCCAUUCAUCUACCCACCCCCAGCCACUUCGCUCACUGUCGACACGCUGGUCCAGGUUAUCAGGGUCGCAAGUCCCACCGUGGCCGUUAUUGUACCCGCGCUAGUCGAAGCAACAGGCCGAUCAACCUAUGCAUUGCAAGCCCUAUCCAGCCUAAGGAUGGUCUGCAUCGGUGGUGCACCCCUCGCACCAGACAUCGGAGAAGCUCUGAGCAAGCGAACAAAUCUUGUGUCCGUCCUAGGCGCAAGUGAGCUCGGCCUUGUGCCGUCCCUCAUCCCAGAGAACAAAGCAGACUGGGAAUACUUGGAGUGGAACCCAAACUAUCCCAUACGCAUGGACCCGUGCGGCGAGAACAGCAAGUUGUAUGAGUUGGUGAUUCCGCGCGGCGAAACAAGAGACAUCCAAGGAAUUUUCCACACAUUCCCGGACCUGAAGGAGUAUCACACAAAGGACCUCUUCAGUCCCCACCCGGCGCGACCCAACCUGUGGAGGUACGAAGGCCGGCUAGACGACACAAUCACCUUGAACAACGGGCAGAAGGUAAAUCCCGUGUCGAUGGAGAAGGUAAUUGAGAGUCAUCCUCUCGUUUCUCGGGCGGUGGUCAUUGGAAACCGCAGAUCCCACGCGGCGCUGCUUGUAGAGCCAUCUGUGAGAUCAAACGUGUCAUUCGCGAGUCGAUCGUCGGUUUCUGAGCUCGUGCACGCUAUUUGGCCGGCUGUCGAACAAGCAAAUGAACUGGCGCCAGCUGGUGGACAUAUUGGCAUCAUGAGGAUUGGGCUGGCGUCGCCGGACAAGCCCUUUCGCACGACUCCGAAAGGCAGCACACAACGCCGAAUGGUGCUAGAGGACUACGAGGAGGAAAUCGAGAUGAUCUAUCAGCACGAUGCCUACUGGUAUAAUUUGUUUAGAAAUGGUUAA